AUGGAUGAAGAGGUAAGAGUCGGAUUUCAAACAAAUUAUUUUGCACCACCAAAUUUACCACCAUUAACGCCAGAGGAGGAAGAAGAAAAUAGAGUUUCAAGAAAGAUAGAAGUUAUAGCACAUUAUGUAUUAGUUUUUGUUUUAUUAUCAAUUAUAGGGUUUUAUGUAUUUUUUAUUUCAACAAUACUAGUUGAUAAAUAUCUCACAAAUUCUAAAUUUUUUCAUUAUGAAUAUCCUUAUUCCAAUGAAGUUGAUAAAAAUAGAGCUUUAUAUAGAGCUGAAUAUUUAACAAUUUGUAAUUUAGAUGAUAUUCCAUUUGAAUUUUAUUAUAUAAAAAAGAAAUCAAAUAAUUCAACAAACAAAUUUAAAAAUGUUGAAAUUAGUCAAUCAAAUGGCCCAAACAUUAAUUGUGUUACUAUGGCCAAAUUUAAAGGAAAAACAUCAAUUAAAAUAUUUGACAGAUUCAAAUUUGAUAAAAUUAAAGAUGGUGAUAUUGGAGUUGUUAGAUCAUUAAAAAAUGAAGAAUUUAAAGAAUUUAUAAAAAAGAAGGAUAAUAAUAAUAAUAAUAAUAAACAAGAUAAAUCAAAUAUGGUUCGUUCAUUUAUUUCCAUUUUUACUCAUAGAUAUAGAGAAACUAUUGAUAAUAAUAGAAUAAUGAAACAUUCAAUAGUGUUUGAUCACAAACAAGGUUCAAAAAUUAUUUUAAAAAAUUUUAAUGAUGAAACUUUUAAAAUGGUUGUAAAAGAAAAAAAAGAUUCACUAAUAGAGGAUGAUAUAUUAAAAUCUGGUUAUUUAAAUAUUCCAUAUAUAGCAAAAAAAAAUAAUAUAAAAAAAAGUGUAAAUAGCGGUAAAUUAAAAAAAUAUAAAAAUUGGUUAAAUAAAUUAUUCAUUUAA